UGAGUGAAGCCACAAGAAGCUCAGUACUUCUGGAUGGUUGAAGUCUUGAAGAGCAGCAUCAGUCAAGCAGAGCAGCAGGAGCCAUGUCUUUGCCCUUCCGAAAAGAGUUGGAGAAAUAUAAGAAUAUCAAUGAAGAUGAAAUACUCAGCAAACUCUCAGAGGAUGAACUGAAACAGCUAGAGCAUGUUCUUGAUGACCUUGAUCCUGAGAAUGCCUUGCUUCCAGCGGGAUUUAGGCAAAAGGACCAGACCACUAAGGCAGCUACAGGCCCUUUUGACAGAGAACGCCUGCUGUCGUACCUGGAGAAGCAAGCACUUGAGCACAAGGACAGAGAAGACUUUGUACCAUUUACGGGGGAAAAGAAAGGAAAAAUAUUUAUCCCUAAAGAAAAGCCCAUAGAAACCCAUAAAGAAGAGAAAGUGACCCUGGAUCCGGAACUAGAAGAAGCCUUGGCUAGUGCAUCAGAUACUGAGCUCUACGACCUUGCAGCUGUUCUUGGAGUGCACAACAUGGUCAACAACCCAAAAUUUGAUGAAGCAGGAGCCCGCGGUAAAGAUGGAAAAGCAAGCGUGAGAAAUGUGGUGAAAGGUGAAAAGGUCAAGCCCAUCUUUGAGGAGCCACCUAAUCCAACCAACGUGGAAGCAAGUCUACAAAGGAUAAAAGCAAAUGAUCCUAGUCUCACAGAAAUUAAUCUCAACAACAUAAAGAAUAUUCCUAUUCCAACACUGAAAGAAUUUGCAAAAGCUUUGGAAAGCAACACACACGUGAAGACAUUCAGCCUUGCAGCUACUCGAAGCAAUGACCCUGUAGCUAUUGCAUUUGCAGAUAUGUUGAAAGUGAACAAAACACUGAAGAGUCUGAAUGUAGAAUCCAACUUCAUCACUGGGACGGGUAUUUUGGCACUGAUUGAUGCACUGAAAGUGAAUGAAUCCCUGACAGAGAUUAAAAUUGACAACCAGAGGCAGCAGCUGGGCACAGCUGUAGAGAUGGAGAUUGCCAAGAUGCUGGAGGAGAACUCCAAGAUUCUCAAGUUUGGAUACCAGUUCACAAAGCAAGGUCCAAGAACCAGGGUAGCAGCAGCUAUCACUAAAAACAACGAUCUGGUUCGUAAAAAGCGGGUGGAAGGAGAGCGGCAGUAGCCACGCCACGGAGGAUGCAAGGCAAGAUUGGAGGCCACCAACAACUGCUGUCUCAGUGUGCUCACUGGUCAGAAGGGAAAGCACUGGAAAACCAUUACAAUGGGAGUUAUUAAUUGUGUUAAUGUCUCCUUUUAACCUUGAAAACACAGUCUGUUCUUUUUUAACUUUCACGGUUAAUUUAAUUUUUAUGAGAAAGAUUCAUAGUUGGUUUGAUUUUAAUGAAAAGAAUGAUUUGCAAUAUCUGAAGCCAAGACGCAGAAUCUUAAUUGUGUUACUGAGCUUAAAACCUAGUGACUCUGAUCCUUAUUUUAGACACAUUUUGAUACAUUAAAAUAUGAUCUUGUGUUUGGAUAAAGGAUUCUCUGCUGAAAGUAGAAAUUUUAGGGCCAAGUUCUGCAAUGCCUUAUGUUUGUGAAUAAUCCUUACUUACAUGUUUAUAGUGCUGCUGAACUGAACCCUGCAAAGGGACGCUCCCAGGAGUAGAACUAGUAAUGCCAGUACAGGUUUGCAGGAUCACACCCUCGAGCCUCUCUCCUGCAGUGGGAUCUGGGCAGCUGGAACCACGUUGGCACAGCAUCCUUCUGCCUUCUUGGGUCUCCACCCGUCCAGGUCCAAGUGCAGGAUCACGCCUAGACAUAUAAACAUUGUCAAAGCCUACUUGUUUACAUAAGCUUAGGUUAGGUGGAUCAUUUCACAAUGUUACACUGACACUUGUUAUUCUUACUCCACAUUGUAAGGUAAUAUUAGUGCUGCCAAUCCUAUAUACUUUGAAUGUUUUGGUUUUUUUUCUAGGCCAACAGGUUUUUAUUUGCUACUAGAAUGCACAUUUAACAGCUAUUAAUUUAAACAAGUAUUCUGAGCAAUAUUUGUUUUACUUUGAGCCAUGCAUUUAACUUUUUUUUAGUUCUGGUAUUUAUGUACAUUUGUUAGUAUUAUAGAACUGUUCUCAGGACCUUUUAGAUGAAGAUUAAUUAAACAGUGAAUCCAGGAGAGCAGCUGUGCUAGCAGGUAAAAGCAUUAAAGGGGUAGUUGUGACAGCUACGUAACUUACGUGUAUAGGCUUCAGUUUGGGUUUGUCCCUGUAUCACAAGGCACUUAGGUACUUGCAUCAGUGCUUAGCUGAAUAAGGGCAGAUUUAAGCGUAGGCACAAAUGCUUUGCUAAAUCAGGGCCUUAACUCAGAUGCCGGACAUAAUCUUAACCCAGUGGAAAACACUUGGGAAGCAGCAACUAACCCCAGUGCUCAACAGCAUCAAAAUUUUAGUAAAAAUUCAGUCUAACAUUUCAUUUUGUGUAUUUUACAGUCUAAAACUAUUCUCUACCAUUGUUUUAUCACUGCCAACAGUUGUCUCUGACUAACAGCCAGAGGUUCAUUUUGGUUACACAUAGGCAUGCUGUCAGAGCUCAGGGAGACGCAGGCUAGGUGUGUCACACAUACCAAUGCUUUCAGAAAGCUGCAGAAAUGCACCUGGGUCUAGUGCUGCUCCCCCAGAAACACUAGCCUCUCCUCUGAGAGCUCCUUUGGGACACCAGGGAUGAAGCACUGCUUCCUUCAUCGGGGUGACAUGACAAUGCUGGAGGUCAUAGUCCCUCCUGACCGAGGGGGCAGAGCUGUGAGCACUGGAAACCAGGGGAGCCCCAGGAGCAGGCGGUACAUGUUGGAUGUACUUCCCUGCAGGAUGUUUUCCUGACCAGUGCUGGGGUGCAAGUUAACAGGAUGAACCCUCCCUCCGUGCCUUUUGUAAUGGAAACGAGUAGGUCGAAGGCAACAUUCUUCCUGUUGGAUACUGGUCUUCAUACUGGCAUCCAAACUGAAUGACAUACAUACACUUAAAUCCCACUUAAAAUAGUUUGCUAAAGUGGUCUGCUGAGCUGGGAUGUAAAGUGCGGUAUUCCUGGAGACCUUCUAGUCUUUACAAUUCCACCUCUCCCUCCCUUCCCAAGAAUAAGACUGAAACUUUUUCUUUGCAAGUAAAAAACACAAUACACAGGGGACUCUUGCUGAGAUUUUCCUUGGAUCCAUGCAGGAUUUGCUGUGAAAAACUUUGAUAUCCCAUUAAAAAUACAUCAAGUUCUGUAACACAGUCAUAACUCUGCAUGGGCUUAAAUAAACAGUCCUUAAAACCAUGCAGAUUGCCAGAGGAAUACUGGGCUUUGCAGCACUGAGUCGCAUAAGUAGUAAGAAUCCUCAUCCCCAAAACCAAAAGAUUAUAGUCACUGACAAACUUCAGUGAUUAGAAUCACACUGCCCCUAUUUUCUUCCUCUUUUCCUUUGAUCCAGCCAAGGGAAUCCCAACUAUCAAUCAUUUUUUUUAAUGUAUUUUGAAGUUGUUUUUUUUAUAGUUUCUUUUUUAAAAGGUGGUACGUCUAUGUGUUUCAGGGAGACAAGUGCAAUCCAUUUCUAGUCUUAAUUGCCAUUUAAGGUGUUGGUAUUUGCAUGCAGCAGUUCUACAAGGAUGGAUAGAUUGGUCUGACUGCUUCAUGAUAUCUGCAGCAUGUCAUCCUGUACAGCUUUGCUCAGAGCCACACAAGUGGUUAUAUAGUCAGGUGGCUCCAUCCAUGUCAGCUACCGUUCGCACCAUGGACCAAGGUACCUGGCUGGGGAAGGCCCUGUGGGCUCUCUGUCCCUUCUUUGGCCAUGCUCUUUGCACAGGCGUGUUUCCUCUGAAGGGAGGAUUCCUCAGGCACUCCAGAGUAUCAUCUCCAACACCAGCCCCACCAUGCAGUAGCAGACAGUGCCUGGAGCUGGGCACCCUGUGGCAGGGGACCUGGGAGGUCCAGCCCCUUCCAGCAGGCCUGAGGAGAACUCCUAAUCCCUGGCCAUUUUUUCCAGGCAGCUGCUGCCAGCCCCUGCCAGGGGGCUCAGUGACCAGGGACAUCUCUGUCCUGCCUUUUCUGUGUGCUCCACACAAGGGCUUGGUUGUCACCUGGCCUUGAGCAUCACAAAUCAAACACUGCAACAAUACAAAGAUCUGUUCAAUACAACAACAGCACAUGGUGGUGAUGCUUUAAGGCAGAUUUUCAUAUUAAUAUAGGAUCAUUGAGCUGGUUAAAAAUCUCUGCAACUAACAUGAAGGGGGUCAGGACAUGACUAGUUAUUUUAAAUUCCACUUUCAAGCAUCACCUGGCAUACUCAAUGCUGAAUGGGGAACAGGGACAGAAGAGUCCUUUUUUCUUAAGCAAACAUUCAGGAGUAACUGUCUAUUUUUGCACAUUGCUUCUCGUGUUGACAGCUUCGGUUUGGUUUGUAUUUUUUAUAUAUUUUUUCAUGGAAAAGCUCAACUUUGUGUGUGUCCUAACAUACAUGUGAAUCGUAGCGUGCACUAAGGACCAUAUGUGUACAUGUAUAACUCUAGAUGAAGAUGUUAUCUCUGGAACAAAAGUAAUUGCAUGCGCAGAGUAUGGUGCAUAUUACUCAAGAGGAAGGAAUUACCACGCUAUGUAACAGUGACUCCCCAGCAUUGUGUUUUUCUAAAUAAAUCUUCAUAAAGGA